CUGCUCUCUAUUUCUCACUAGAUUCAGAAUAAGUCCGCUGCCUGCAUUUCCACAGGCCUUUUUGUUCUCGCAUCUCCCAUUUUUCUUCCAACCAGAGCUUUAGUCUUGAGUGCAGAGUUUCAAAAUGUCUUACAUUAACUCUCUGAACCUCUUGGGAACAGACCCGCCGAACGACAUUUCGGAAGAGACGCUGACCGAAGAACUGUCCUUGUGGGCUAAUGCGCAAUUUACGUUUGACAGCGAACCUGGAUCAGCUCUUUUGGACGAUCUCACCAAAGAAGCAAAGUCGUCGGCAGCUUCUUCCAAGACUGACCAUGCUGAUCUCUUUGCUACACUUGCAGAGUUUGCAUCACCACCAACACCAGCCUCAGCCUGAACAGCAAUCGUAUCUUCCCUCAACUACGGCGACGUCAACGACGACACAUACGGCCGCUACGUCGACCGCAAACAGUUACAUUUUGCCUCAAAUCACUCAACAUCAUCCUACACCCCAGCAGCAACACCUGCCACGUAUUGCGCCAGCACCUGGUUUGCAUAUCCCAAUUACUCCCAACUGGUCAAUGUCGUCGUCUCCUUUGACGCCAACUGCGUCGAGCUCGACAUUGAAUACUUGUUCGUCACGCAAGCGUAAACAGCCACCAACAACAACGACAAACAACAACAACACUAGCUCAAGCGGUGAUGGCAACAUCACCUCUUCGUCAUCUGAAACCAACGAUUCGGAAAAGUUCCUCGCCGAAGAGGAUAAGCGUCGUCGAAACACAGCAGCAUCUGCUCGCUUCCGUAUGAAGAAGAAGAUGCGAGAGCAAGCGUUAGAACAGACGGCCAAGGAGAUGUCUGACAAGGCAGAAGAGCUUGAGAAGCGAGUCAAGGAACUGGAACUGGAAGCCAAAUGGCUUCGUGCACUUGUUGUAGAAAAGGAUCCGAAGCUUUUAGAUAAGCCUACUAGCUUUCCUUCUGAAACUUCCUAAGUAAAAUUUCUUCUCUUUCUAUCUCUAUGUGUUAUUGGCUGCGUUCUUUGCUUUGUUUCCCUCUUUCUUC